GGCCUGCAGGCUGAGUGGCCCCUCCCACCUUCCCUGGCCUCCGCACUGCAGGCCGGAUAUCAAAGGCUGCUUUGUAUGUUGAGCAGCCUUGGUCCCUGGCAUGACAGGGAGGAGGCGGGAGGAGGGACACCACCGAUGGGAGGCUCCCAAGGUUCUCCUGACUGGCGUUCCCAGGGGCCUUGGCCCAGGGAGGAUGAUGCACACAUGGGUGGCUGCUUCUGUAUCCCUGGGGAGCGGAGUCUACCCUGGGGCCCAGGUAAAGAAGGUCCUUCCAAGGAUCUACCCAGAUCAAGUGAGGACACAUCCUCACUUGAAAACAGGAGAAAAUGUUUCCUGCCACAGAAUAUGACUCAAGACCUGGCGCUCUCAUUCUGUGUGAAGAGUCGCUCCAGGAGGUGUGUCAAUGCGCUCUUACAGGAAGUGGCACGGAGGCGGCUCUGGGCCCUGGAGAAUGAGAACCAUGAAGUCUGUGCGCUGUUCAAGGACCUCUCUGCAAGGCUGGUGAGCAUCCAGUCCCAGAAGGACCAGUUCCUCAUCACCUUCAAGACUGUGGAAGAAAUCUGGAAGUUUUCCACCUACCUGAACUUAGGCUAUGUGUCCACAUGUCUGGAACAGCUCCUCUUUGACCACAAGUACUGGCUCAACUGCAGACUGGUAGAUGACACGGAGAUCCAAGUGUCUGUAGAUGACAAUCACUUGGAAAACAUACACCUGGGCCUCCUGCUGCAGGAAGGCCACUUCCUCUGCAGAGCCACACACUCCGUGGCUCAGCCAGAUGAGAAGGAAGGGGAAUACUUGACACUGUGCAAGAAUGAGCUAAUCUCCGUGCUCCCUGAAGGCGAAUCUGAGUGGGAAGGCGUGUCCUUAGUGACGGGUCAGAGGGGCCUGGUGCCUGUGUCAGCCCUGGAGCCCCUGUCUGUCCCUUUCCAUCAAUGGUUCCUAAAGAAUUUCCCAGGAAUCUGUGGACUUCCCAGGAAGAGAGACUGGACAGGCUCCUGUCAGAUUGGCAAAGGACGGUGCAAGGCCCUGAUGGAUUACCAACAGGAGGAAAAGGAUGAACUGAGCUUUGUCCAGGGAGAAAACAUUGAAAUUCUUGGCUUUGUUAUACCUGGGCUGCAGUGGUUCAUUGGGAAGUCAGUGAGCUCAGGAGAAGUGGGCUUCGUCCCCACCAGAAGCAUAGAUGCUGAUUCCUGCUCCCCAGUGAGCAAGAACUCUGCCUUUUUCAGUGACGAGGAAAGAUGUUCUCUCUGGGCUCCGGGAAGUGACAGGAAGGCGGAGUGUUCGGGCUUCUUACGGGCUCUUGCUCACACUGACAUCACUUCUGUCUACCGGCUUAGCGAGUUUGAAUCCAUCCAGAGUCUUCAGAAUGAUCUGAGGGCAUCUCAACCUGAGGGCUUCAAGGAGGCCAGGUCUGGGAGGACCUGGGAGGAGCGACAGACCCUGGGCUCCAGACGUUCCAGCAGCUCUGUGGACUCCAGCCUGGAGGAAGAGCUCCUCUCAGCCUCCUCAGACAGCUAUCACCUUCCGGAGCCGGAUGACCUUGAUGACCCGGAACUGUUCAUGGACCUGAGCACUAGUCUAGAAGAGGAUGAGGUGGAGCAGUUUGCCCCCAUCUUGGCUUUUCUGGAUCACGAAGGCUACAGUGACCACUUUAAGAGCCUCUAUGAUUUCUCCUUCUCUUUCCUCACUUCCUCCUUUUAUAGCUUCUCUGAGGAGGAUGAGCUAGUGGCCUACCUAGAGACUUCAAGAAAGUGGGCCAAAAUGGGCCGCAUGAUGUGGGCCCAUGCCCGACUCUGCUUCCUCCUGGGCCGGCUAAGCAUCAGGAAGAUCAAACUUUCCCAGGCCAGGGUAUACUUUGAAGAGGCCAUCCGAGUCCUUGAUGGGGCAUUUGAGGACCUCUCCCUAGUGUCUGCUCUGUACAUCAACUUGGCAGCCAUCUACCUGAGGCAGAGACUAAGACAUAAAGGCACGACCUUGCUGGAAAAGGCAGGUGCUCUUCUAGCCUGCCUGCCUGACCGUGAGUUCAGUGCCAAGAAUGAGCUUGACGUGGUGGCCUAUGUGCUGCGCCAAGGGAUUGUGGUGGGGAGUAGCCCUCUGGAGGCCAGAUCCUGCUUCCUGGCCAUCCGAUUGCUCCUGAGACUUGGCCGGCAUGAGGAGGUUCUGCCAUUUGCCGAGCGCCUGCAGAUCCUUUCUGGACACCCUCCUGUCUUGGAGGCUACAGCCACCAUGUUGAGUUUUCUGUAUGACAAGAAGUAUCUUCCACAUCUUGCAGUGGCCUCUGUUCAGAAACGUGGUCCCCAGAGUGCCCGGGGGAUGUCUUUUUCCAUUUGCCAGGCUUAUUUGGUCCUCCAGAAUGCCACUAAGAUCCUUGGUGUUCCUUCCUCAAGCUGGGGUGAAGUUUCUGCACUGGCCUGCCCAGUCCUCAGGCAGGCCCUGGCUGCCUGUGAGGAGCAGACUGACUUGAGCACUCAGAGGGUCUUGUGUCUCAUCCUAUCCAAAAUGUACCUCCAGCACAGGUCUCAUGAGGGCUCUGUCUACUACCUGAGCCAGGCCCAGGCAGUAGGGAAACUACUGGGUGAGCAAGAAGCCUUUGAAUCAUCUCUCUGUCUGGCCUGGGUUUAUCUCUUAGCCAGGCAGACCAAAAAAGCUCUGGAGAUCCUUGAACCGCUACUGUGUUCCUUGAGGGAGACAGAGAGUAUGACCCAAAGGGGCGUGAUUCAUAACCUCCUGGGACUGGCAUUUCAAGACGAAGGCCGGACAAGCAGGGCAGCCAAGAGCUAUCUCCGAGCUUUGAUCAGAGCUCGGGAGAUGGGGAAUGUGCGAAACCAGGCUGUGUCUAUAGCCAAUCUUGGCCACUUGACCCUCAAGUCCUGCAUGCAGCAGUCAGCCAGGGGUUACCUUCUGCAGGCUGUCCGGCUGUAUUCUGAACUCCAAGCCAGCGUGGAGACGGACAUGGAAUUGAUACAAGUGUUACUCUGGUUGGGCCAAGCUCUGGUAUCUGGACACCAGCUGUCCCACAGCCGCCUGUGUUAUGAAAUGGCUCUGCUGUUUGGCUUACGGCAUCGACACUUAAACAGUCAGCUUCAGGUCACCAAAUCCCUCUGCCAUUUCUACAGCUCGGUGUCCCCAAACCCUGAUGCAUGCAUUACAUAUCAUGAACACUGGCUGGCUCUGGCGCAGCAACUCAGGGACCGAGAGAUGGAGGGGCGGUUAUUGGAGUCCCUCGGGCAGCUUUAUCGGAACCUAAAUACAUCCAGGUCUCUCAGGAGGUCCCUCACCUGCAUCAAGGAGAGCCUGCGCAUAUUUGUCGACCUAGGGGAGAGAGACAAGGCUGCUGAGGCCUGGCUGGGGGCUGGGCGUCUGCACUACCUCAUGCAGGAGGAUGAGCUGGUGGAGCUGUACUUGCAGGCAGCCAUCCAGACAGCCUUGAGGUCAGACGAGCCCUCCCUUGCUCUUAAGCUUUACGAAGAGGCAGGUGAUGUGUUCUUCAAUGGGACCCGUCACAGGCAUCGCGCUGUGGAGUAUUACAGGGCUGGGGCCGUUCCUUUAGCGAGGAGAAUGAAGGCGCUGAGAACUGAACUUCGGAUUUUCAACAAACUGACAGAGCUGCAGAUCAGCCUCGAGGGCUAUGAGAAAGCUUUGGAAUUUGCCACCCUGGCUGCCAGGCUGAGUAUCCUCACAGAUCAGAAACAGGAGCUGGUCGCCUUUCACCGCCUGGCUACUGUGUACUUCUCUCUGAACAUGUAUGAGAUGGCUGAAGAUUGUUACCUGAAGACUCUGUCCCUCUGCCCACCAUGGCUGCAGAGUCCCAAGGAGGCACUGUACUAUGCCAAGGUAUAUUAUCGCCUGGGCCGACUUACUUUCUACCAGUUAAAGGAUGCCCACGAUGCUACUGAAUACUUCCUGUUGGCGCUGGCAGCUGCGGUCCUGCUGGGUGACGAGGAGUUGCAGGACACCAUUAAGAACUUGCUGGACAACAUCUGCCAGAGUCCCUUGUGGAACAGAAAUCCCUUGGGGUGCUCCUCAGAGAGGGCACGGUGGCUCAGUGGUGGGAGCCUGGCCCUCUGAAGAGAUCCAUUCACUUUCUGACCACUUCAUCACGGCUAGAUGCUACCUUCUCGUCCCAUGUUCUUAGAUCCGUGAUGGGAGGGCUCAAGCAUUCACCUCAUUUUAUGGAGAAGAACAAUGCCCAGAAAGAGACAGGCUCUGUGAGGCGCAUCCUUGCCCCAUGCUUCACUUCUGGAGCUCUGCCAAGGUGACUGUGACUCCUCUAAACAAACAGCUCUGAAAAUGCUUUCUCUCCAGCUCUGGAGAAUGGAAGGAAAGCAGGCACUGUGCCAGGAAAAGGGUGAGCAGCCCGUCCUGGUGCCCCCAUCGGUGUUCUCAGGGAAAGACCCUCCAGUUCCAGUGGAGGAACACAUCGUUUCUUUCUUGCUUCUCCAGAACCAAAGGAUUCAGUACUCCGUGCUCAUGGGGACUGCUGCCAUAGAAAGUCAUCAUGGUUGCAGCUCAAGAGACAGCUCCAGAAGGGCCAGGUGGGAUGCACAGAGUUCUAAGUGGGAUCCACAUCCUCCAUUCUACCUGGAAGCAGGGUUCCUGUACAACCUCCCAGUAAAUCAAGUGAAACUCACCCAGGGCUAAGGCUUGAGAAUUAUGCCAUAUAUUACUUGUAAAUACUGUAUCAUUAAAUAUUGGCUGUUUACAUUUA